GCUGGGUCCAAGCAAAUGUUUGCAUGUGUGUCCUUCUUUAACAGAAACAUUUCAUGCCUUACAAAAAUCUCAUGAAACACUUCACGAGACGCACUCAGCAUGUCGGUGGCUCCGCGCACACAUUUCCUCCUCUUUCUGAUCUCCCUCUCAUCCAGGAUGGGCCUCAGUCGGUACAUUGAGGACAUCGAAGCUGCAGAUGGAUUAUAUUCUCUGCUCAGUUUGGACCAGAAAAGAGAUUCUGAGGAUUUUAUUUUCCGCCGACCUCUCAGAUGUUUGGACAUGCUGGCCACUGAUGGCUCCUACACCUUCGUGGCGUCUCGGCCGCAGCUGGCCUGUGCUGCAUUUAUCAUCGCUGAGCCCAGUGAGGUCAUCAGCCUGGAGCUGUCUGACGUCAAUAUUGACUGCAGCGCCGGAGACUUCAUCAAGAUGUUUGAUGGCUGGGUCCUGAAAGGAGAGAAGUUCCCCAGCAAGCAGGACCACGAGCUGCCUCUCCACCAGCGCUACACAGAUUAUUGCUCCUCCCCGGCAACAGGAGCCACCAGCCGCUCCUCUCAGAACGUCGCCAUGAUCUUCUUCCGCCUCCACAGCGCUGACAGUGGCUUCACUCUCGCCAUCAAAAAGCUGCACAACCCUUUCCCCUGUAACAUCAUGUCUCAGAGUCCAGAGGGCAGUUUUACCAUGGUGUUGCCACACCAGCGCAAGAACUGCAGCUUCUCCAUCAUCUACCCUGUAGAGAUCCGACUGACAGAUCUUAGCCUGGGGCAUGCCAAAAGCAAUGAGCUCAGCCCACGGGUGA